CCAUACACGUUUCUGCUCUGCUCUUCUUCUUCGUGCAGCCCGACAAGCUCCCCCCCAAGCCACCGACUUCUAUUUCUUGAGAAAAUUGGUAACAAGCUUGAUUUUUCCCUUCCUUUUCUUGUUAAAGAACUGAUUUUAGGACCUAGAACCCUCCCUUUGAAGUAGGAAUUUCCAGAUCUGCUCUGCUCUUCCUCCCCUGUCCGCCGUUGCUGCUAGGUACGAAUUUCUGGGCAUUUCUCUAGUAAGAUUCAGCCAUGAAUCCCUCUCUUUAGCCUUGAUUCAAGUUGGGUUACUCUAAUUUCCUUUUUUUUUUCCUUCAAUUUUGUGUGUGUUCUCUCCAAUUCUCGCCAGCCCUCCACACUGCCAGCUCCGGUUUCAGCUUGUCGAAAUUUUCUGGUGCUGUUGUGGCUUAGAGCUCUGGGGUCGAGUUUCCUAUUUUAUGCGAAGUGAGGUAGUGUGAUCCAAGACUCGGAAAUCAAGGGGAAUGACGUGGUAGAAGGCUAGUCACUUGAGAUUUGACAUGGAUUCUAGAUAUAUAUACCAUGCUCUUGUAAGUUAGAUUUUAAUUGAAAAUUUUAUGGUAUCAAAACUGAUUUUGUUGAAUAAGUUCCGAGCCUUGUGCACUUGUAGGACCCGUCUCACAAAUGUACGGCAUCUGUUACGCCCUCGGAUUUGGGUUUUGGGGCGUGACACUGAGAAAAAUUAUUAUUGAUGAAAACAUAUAAGAGAAGAUAUAUUCUUCUUUAUAUGCCUCAAUAUGCUCUAAAAGUGGCAAUCUCAAGAGGGUAAUUUUAACAUGUAUAUUCAAAUACAUGUCUUUAUAUUGC